AGCCUCUCUCACUCCCUUCCUGCUGCAUCACAACAGCCGCUAGUAGCUCGAGUAUAGCACCAGUGACCGGGGGCAGUGUAACCAAGGCUAAUUAUCCUAUAGAAUCAUUCUAGACGUAGAAAUACUUAAAAACACUGUAAUACGACUCACCUGCCUGAACUGCUUGCAUUGCGAUAAUCUCGUUUGAGUGGUUGGGAUAUGGCCAGGCCAGAACAGGUUCUGCUCUUGGAGCCUCAGCACGAACUGAAAUUCCGAGGUCCGUUCUCAGACGUGGUCACCACGACCCUCAAGCUCUCAAACCCUACAGACCGGAAUGUGUGUUUCAAGGUGAAGACGACAGCCCCUCGCCGGUACUGUGUCCGGCCAAACAGCGGCAUCAUCGAUGCCGGCACUUCAAUCAAUGUCUCCGUUAUGCUGCAACCUUUCGAGUAUGAUCCGAAUGAGAAGAGCAAACAUAAGUUCAUGGUCCAGUCCAUGCUGGCACCGCCAGACAUGAUCGAUAUGGAGGGAGUGUGGAAGGAGGCCAAGCCAGACGAGCUGAUGGACUCCAAGUUGAGGUGUGUGUUUGAGCUUCCAGCGGAGAACGAUAAAACGCAUGACAUGGACUCCAACAAGGUGAUGUCCUCCGGCCUGUUGAAGUCCGAGUCCUCCACUCUGUCCAUGAGGUCCAUGAGCUCCACCCUCGACGACGGGGAGGUGAAGAAGGUGAUGGAGGAGUGCAAGCGGCUGCAGAUGGAGGCUCAGAGGCUACGGGAAGAGAACAAACAGAUCAGGGAGGACGAUGGCCUGCGGAUGAGGAAGAGCAACAUGAUGUCGUCCCAGCACUCCUCGAUGGCGGUGAAGGAGGAGGGGCUGAGUGUGCGCGGCAUGGCCCUCAUCGUUCUCUUCUUCGUGGUGGGCGUCAUCGUGGGCAAACUGGUCUUGUAGAGCGCCGUGUGGCUCAGACGGCCCCCCCCCCCACCCCCCCCCGGGGGGCCCCCGGCCGGCAGCAUGCAUUCUGGAGGGGGUGGGGUUGGGUGGUUGGGGAAAGGGUGGCGAAGGAAAAACCAACCCCGGAUUAGGGAUUUUUGGAUCAGAAAUGCCAUAUCAGUGGGUGGGAGGGGCAGAGGGAGGUGUACCAGUUUUCAUUCUCAUUUAUGUAUAAAUCAACACACACACACACACACACACACACACACACACGCACACACGACGCAAGAAAUACGAGUCAACAUGAGCAAACAAACCCAACAGGUCUUGCCGCUGUGUAGUCGCUACAUAAUCAUUUUGGCUCCCUUCCACGUUCAGACAUACUGGUGAUGGUUCCGGGGGUGGGUGUGUGGCUGGGGGGGGGGGGGGGAGGGGGGGUGCUCUUUGCGUUGUGAAAUUUUAAUUUUAACGCCGGUGAGUCAGACCAAGGGAGAUUGUAACACUGGCACGGUUGUGGUGGCAGAGACGGUGGGGACAGGCAGCGGGGGUUAUUUGCAUUGAGUGAAUGUUAUCAAAGCGCACCACUGUUUCUUUUGCUAAGCAACGGGAGGCCACAGAGCCUGCAUACACAUGAUCCAUCCCCCUUACAACUGUACAGUAUUUCCAGUGUUCCUUCCUGCUUAACUCUCUUUAAGGAAGGAAUUUAGACAUUACAAUUCCAGAGCGAUGGUAGGGCUCAUACAUAGGGCUAUUGUCAAUCAAACUGACUCCUCCAAUCAGAGGCUUUGUAAAGACCGGCUCAUUUUUGAUUGGAGAACAACCUUGCUAAAUCUCUCUCUUUAUAGGUAUAAAUAUAUCUAUAUAUCUAUAUAUAUCUCCUAAUCAUAAUAUAAAUUAUUUAUGUUUUACUUUUCUGGCCUAUUUCUUUCUUCUUUCUUUCUGCUCUCCAAGUCCUCGUUUGGAAAUUCUUGAUUGCAUGCAUCCACAGUGUUUGAUGUGGAUUUCUGAAGCUAAAUGGGUUGCUUUUUAUCUUUGUGAUAACAAUGUCUUUCACUGUUGGUUUGCACAUCUCAAUCCUAAUUAUUUUAUUUUGUUCUGCAUUCUUUAUUUUUCAUAAUGUCUUGCUCGGAUCAAGGCAUUUAAGAACACUGCAGCUAACCAAAUAAGAAGCUCUGGAUUGGUAUAUUAUAAAUAAUUUAUUUAAGGAUUAGAUUGAUGUAAGUUUUCAUCCUUGUGACCAUUGGUUACUAGGAUGUUUGAAAUGGCUGUGUGUGUGUGUGUGUGUGUGUGUGUGUGUGUGUGUGUGUGUGUGUGUGUGUGUGUGUGUGUGUGUGUGUGUGUGUGAGCCACAAUCGCAGUCUGUAUCCAAGGCUUUAUCCGCCGAACUACUCUUGACCUGGACACUUUUUUUGUCAUGUUUGUUAGUUUUUUCCUCCCGAGCCAUGCAUCUGUCAUGAUACUGUUGAGUACGGGCCGUGUGACACGGUAUCCACGGUGUUGGGGGGUGCCCAGCGCGCUGUAUGAGUGCUCCUGCUUACCAUGCAGCACCUCAUUCACCGUUACCCUUUCAUCCACCACUGCAGUUGAGGUCUGUUUUAAUUUAAGAUGUAAUGAGGUUGAAACACUUGUCUUUUUUUGAAGUGAUUUUAUUUUGGGGUAGGGGAUUUUAGAGGGACCAUCUUGGGCCAUUUACCUCUCAAAUGUCAUGGGUUCUUUUUUUUUUCUUGUCAAAGAAUAUAUAUAUAAAUAUAUAUAAUACUUUGUUCUAAUUUGCAUAACAAUGUGCAUAACACCAGGAAAGACUGAGAAGAAGGUGGCAGUUUAGAGCCCAGAAAUGGUGCUCCAUUUUGCAUUAUUUAAGUGAAAAAGAAAAGUUUAAAGUAUGUUGUCCCAUCGCCUCAGCUUGACACAAGCAGAGGGUUAAACCAGAAAGGGUGACGUUGUCUUCUGUCAAAAUAAAAUAAAUAAAAAAGAUCUGCGAUUUAGGUUUGUACAUGUACGAGGGCGUGUGGGGGAGGAUGUAAAAAUAGACAGUAGACGUGUUUCUCCUGUAUCUGUGAAGGGGUUUUAUUUUCUAAUCACUAUGAGGAUGUCUUCCUGCUUAGACGUGGAGGGCAUGAGCAGUACAUUACCUACGUUUCUUUGAAUGUGAACAGAUGCCAGUGAAAUAGUAGCUGUCCUUACUUCUUAAUCUGACUCAGUUUGUUGAGGUUUUUACCUUUGGGACAGGGCCUCGCAGAUGGUUAGGUUUUGCCACAUAAGGCAUUGCCAAGGAAAGUUUUACACAUUCAUGGACAUGAUUUGAAUGUCACAUACCUGUGAUAACCCGACGUAUCCAAUACUUUGUUAAUUAUCCCCUUCUUCCCCAAUACUGUAAAAUAUUGAUUUGGUAAUCUACAGAUAACAAUUAAGGGCAGUUACUAGCUGAUUUGGUGCUCAUUUGGUUGUAUAAAAAAGGAAAACACUACACUGGCCUAUCCUGGACUCUCAGACCAUCACCGUGAUCACCAUAAGCAGUCGGGCAACUGUUUUGUAUGUAAGUAAAUAAAUAAAUACGUCUAUCUGAGAAGAAGAAUAUUCCUAGUCAAGUUGUCUCUGGUGUAUAAAAAUUCAACCCAACCUUGUUGGACUAUGUAGCAUCUAAAUAAAUUAAGUAAAUAAAGCCCCAUACAUGA